ACAUCUAACCAGCCAGAUCACAGAUAAUCAUACCCUCAAGGUCAUAUGCAUACCCAUAAACUCACUUGUCUAUACCCUCAAGGUCACAUGCAUCGAUACCCUCAAGGUCACAUGCAUCCAUACCCUGAAAAUCUCAUGUACCUAUAACCUUAAGGUCACAUGCAUCCAAACCCUCAUGGUUACAUGCAUUCAUUGUCUCAUGGCUUCAGACUCAGACAUCCAUACACUUAAGAAACUAAAUGAAAAGUCUUUUGUGGAGACAAUAGCACAGCAUAUGUUUGACAGGAUUGAAGUAAAACAGGAUUGCAAGUUCAGCGUGGAGCAAUUUAUUAAUCACAUGUCUCAGCUAGCUUUCCCGGGGAAAAAUGAACAUGACAACAUCCAACUGAAAAAGCUAGCCAAUGUGAUUUUGGAUUCCCUCAUAUUUAAGCUUCUUGACACUACAACAGCAGAGAGCAAGAUUGUAAUAGUACCUGUGGCGUCAGUACAACAGGAAAACAACUUAGAGGGGAUGAGGAAACAGUAUGGUCACGUCAUCAACCUUAUACUCACUCAUCGACCAACCAAAGCUAUAUCAACAUUUAGCCUUCAGACUGAUCGGACAUAUCCCCGAUCUCCGCCACGUCUCGUAGCAGCUUUCAAACAGCUACUGUUGGUGUUUGAUGUGGAGGAAGUCAUUGAAAUACUAAAACAGAUCCAGGACCAACCCAUCAAUUGGUCUCACCUGCUGACACUGGUCUCCACAUUUGUUGUGUGUCUACCAGGAGCUGCAGAAUGUCUGCUAGAAUUUGUGUACACCUUACUGCGGACAGGAUUAGAAAGAUCUGAUAUGGACCAGGUGACAGCGGCUUUCCUUCUGGCUCGUCAAAUCUGUAUGGAGGGUGCACAUGUGGCCAUGUCUUAUCAGGACUGGUUUCAGAGAAUGUUUGGUGAUGGAGCCCGCUCUUUAACCACCACCAGGAAAACAUUUAUCAUACUAUUGAGGUUCCUCACUGAUCUAGUUCCCUAUGAAUCUACAGCACACCUCAAGGUGCAUAUCCUACGGCCACCAUUUGUACCUCCAAAAUGUAGAGAGUUCCUCACAGACUAUAUCAUGUUGGCAAAGACUCGAUUAGCAGAUCUCAAGGAUCCCAUAGACUUGACAUGUGACAAACAGAAGGAAGAUAAAGGGAAGAACUUGGAGCAGACAGAGAAAGAUGUCCAGCUAGCAUUGUCCACUUUUGAGGGGACCAAUAAAAUUCCAUCAUUUGUGAUGGAGGCCAGUAUUUUCCGAAAGCCGUACUUUAUUGGCAGAUUUAUGCAAGCUUUACUUAAACCAAGGCCUCUUCCCGAUGUUCCAGAUAUAAGGAUGAGAUUUAUUGACAUGCUGAAAAGAGUGGAGAAGAUUCCAGCCAGCAUGUACUCUACCUAUGUCACCGCCUGUCGUCAGGAGGCAACCAAACUUUUACAAGGAGUUUUCCCAGAAGAUGAAGAGGACGAUAUCACUGAAAUGACCAUGGAUCCUUUAGAACAGCUUGACCACCGACUUGGACAACUGGUGGACACACUGACCCUUGGUCCUGCAGCUCAAUGCUACAAUCUUAAACAGUCUGAGCUGAUGUCAUUAGUGAAAGAAAAGUUGAGUGUUGUACUGAAUGAAGAGGCAAAUCAAACUCCGGAGAGGGGUGUGGUCACAGUUGACACCCACUCUCCUCAGCUGUCAGUCAUACAUGUUAAGGCAGUAGACCUGUUGCUGAAUGUUAUAUGUAAGGUGACCAGUCACAGCUUACAGACUGACCAGCCUGACCUCACAUGGGCCACGCAGCUCAUCAGUAUAAUUGGAGGGUUCCCAUCACUUCAUAAAUCCAUGUACACUCGUAUGUGGAAACUCAUCAUGGAAACUGGCUCUAAACUAGAAGAGCAUCAUAUCCAAGGUAUUGCCAUGACCUUGUGUCAAAUGAGUGCCCAGCAUGACAGGUUUGGUGAGGCUUGUGUACAGAUGUGUGGAGGGAUCAGUCUAACUGAUACUCUGUCACAUUUGAUUUGGUCUCAGGGGUCAUUAAGGUCAGCACAGAGUAUGCAGUUUAUGCUUAGGUUGACAACUGCCUAUCUACAAUGUGUGUUUAGCUGCCUGGAUGGUGUCCAGCUGGUCAGCCUGAAGGACACAGUCAUUCCAAGACCACUGGUCACUCUGUUUGUAUUUUUGUGCUGCCGCUUGCUGCCAGAAACCAGAAAUCAGUACAACUCAAGGGGAUCCGGGGAAUUUAGACUUACACAUCUUAUCUACCGCUCGAAGAAGUUCACAGAAUGUUGUCAAGAUAUACAGCUGACGUUUAAGGAGUGGGUUGCCAUGGAAAUAACAGUUUGUCCUGAUGUUGACCUACUAAGUUUCCAUGAAAGGAGGGAGUAUCAUAGUUGGUGUAUCUAUCAGAAGUUUCUCUGCAAGAUUUCAAAAUCUGAAGAUCACGGAAUGAAUAUUGGGUCUCAGAGUGGAGGUCUGGAUGUAAGGGAGGCAUGCUCUGUACUUAUGGAGGCCCUGCUGAUAGAAAAUAUGAGUCAGUCUCCAAUGACUUUAACAAGCUGUGGUCAGUGUCACAAAGAGAUGAGGACUUGCCUACAACAUGGAGGACAGGCAGACUUUGUAUACUUACUUCAGGAAAUGGUAACAAUUUUUCCAAAAACAGGAAGUGAAAAGGAUUGUUGGAGACCAUGGCUACUUCAGCAAUUGGUCAAAGCUUUGAAGCAACAUAGCAGUAACCGUGUUGGAACAGAAGCAGUUCUUCAUCACUUUAUAAGGUUGUCCAUGUGUUUGCCAUCUUACCUAUUUUACUGUGAUAAUGUUCAUCAACUGCCUGAUCAGGAAUUGAGCACAAGCUGUGAUGUCAUCAAUAACAAUCUGAAACCUGGAUUGUGUCAUGGCAGCCAUUUUUCCCUCAGCUUAACACAGUAUCUCAUACAGGGACUGGUUGAUUGCGCUCAGUAUACAGAUGUGAGUGAAGUGUUUCUGCAAGCUCCAGUACUGUCAAUCUCACUGUUAAUGCAUGUCCAGCAGAUUGGCACUGUGAUAAAAAGAAUGCAGACAGAUCAACAGGAAGACAUAUCAUUCAUGUUAAUUUUCCAGUGGCUCCAAAAGUAUAACAGUGGGAAAAGAGAACCCCUUCCUGAGGAAUCUACAUCAUGGAUGAUUGCUGCAGCUACCUUCUCCCUCACUCUGAUCAGUGACGAAGUACCACAAGACUUGUUGAGAGACUUCAGUUCAAGUCGAGACAAAACAAUCAAUGAUAUACUGGCAGUAUAUUGUCAUCUUGCUUUAGCUGAACUGACGAAUGCAAACUUGUGUGGAGACGAGACAAAGAAUCAGAUUCUGGAAGAAGCAUGUGUGCAUGCCCUGCGAUUGUGUCCUUUCGUACUCUCCGACAUAGUUCAACCAACGUCAGUAGAUUUAUCUUACACCUCGGAAGUAGCACAAAGGACAGAACACUUCACACUGCUAAGACUUUUGUGUAAACUUCAGACAUCUGAUACUCCCAGAAUGCCACAUGGUUUGGCCUGUGUCAUUAUCAUGUUUGGAAGUGUAGUUCAGAUGUUUGAUCGAGGACAAGCAUUUGACAGACUUGACUUUGAAAAAGCAGAGGUCUUCUCCAUACAAGAAAUUUUGGAUCUGUCUCAAUUCGUGAAAAGCUGUAUCAAGGUUUCUACAAUUGAGCAACUGAAUGACACUGAAUGCAAGGACAACAUUAAAAUGUGUGGGCCAGAUAUCUACCUUACAUUUAAACAACGCCUGUCCAAGAUCAGAUAA